AUGGCCUUCAAACGCUGCGUCUGCAUUUUGAUGCUGGGAUGCCUCCUCGGCAAAGAAUCAGAGGCUCAGCUCGAUGUUUGUGGCAGAGCUCCUUUGAACAACAAAAUAGUUGGAGGUGAAGAUGCUCCAGCUGGAAGUUGGCCCUGGCAGGUCAGUCUGCAGAGGUUUGGCCAACACAUUUGUGGCGGAUCCCUCAUCAACGAUGAAUGGGUCUUGACGGCUGCUCACUGUUUUCAAAACACCAAAAGAAGAAAAUGGAGGGUUUCUCUCGGUCGUGAAAAUCUUCGAGGUUCUAAUCCUAAUAAGAUCACAAAGGCAGUGAAGAGAAUCAAGAUCCAUCCAAAUUAUGACAGUUUCACGAGCGACAACGACAUGGCUCUGAUCCGACUGUCUUCAGCAGUCACCUUCACAGAUUACAUCAGGCCAGUGUGUCUCGCAGCCACUAACAGUGUGUUCAACGCUGGAGUUGAUAGCUGGGUCACUGGCUUUGGUGCCAUCAGAGAGGGAGAGCCACUCCCGUUCCCUGAAACUCUUCAAGAAGUGGAGGUUCCUGUUGUUGGAAACCGUCAGUGUAAUUGUCUUAAUGGAGUGGGCACAAUCACAGACAACAUGAUCUGUGCAGGUCUUAAAGUUGGAGGAAAGGACUCCUGUCAGGGCGACUCUGGAGGUCCAAUGGUCAGUAAACAGGGCCCUGUCUGGGUCCAGUCAGGUGUUGUUAGCUUUGGAUAUGGCUGUGCUCAACCCAAUCUGCCAGGAGUCUACUCCAGAGUGUCCAACUACCAGUCCUGGAUCAAGUCAAUGAUUAGAAAGAAUCGUCCUGGUUUUAUCCGAUAUACAUCAACUGGACCAGACCCUGACAGCAGCACCACCUGUCCUGGUCUGCCUCCUCCUCUUGUCACUACAACAGAAGAACCACAAGAAACAACCACAGUACCAGAGCCAGAACCCACAGAGGAAGAGCCAAUGGAGUCAAGUGCAGAGUUGUGUGGAGUCACUCCUCUGAGCACCAGGAUCGUUGGAGGUGAAGAUGCUCCAGCUGGAAGUUGGCCCUGGCAGGUCAGUCUGCAGAGUAGCACCAGCGACAACGACAUGGCUCUGAUCCGACUGUCUUCAGCAGUCACCUUCACAGAUUACAUCAGGCCAGUGUGUCUCGCAGCCACUAACAGUGUGUUCAACGCUGGAGUUGAUAGCUGGGUCACUGGCUUUGGUGCCAUCAGAGAGGGAGAGCCACUCCCGUUCCCUGAAACUCUUCAAGAAGUGGAGGUUCCUGUUGUUGGAAACCAUCAGUGUAAUUGUCUUAAUGGAGUGGGCACAAUCACAGACAACAUGAUCUGUGCAGGUCUUAAAGUUGGAGGAAAGGACUCCUGUCAGGGCGACUCUGGAGGUCCAAUGGUCAGUAAACAGGGCCGUGUCUGGGUCCAGUCAGGUGUUGUUAGCUUUGGAUAUGGCUGUGCUCGACCCAAUCUGCCAGGAGUCUACUCCAGAGUGUCCAAAUACCAGUCCUGGAUCAACUCUCACAUUAGCUCAGAUCAGCCAGGCUUUGUCCAGUUUGUGUCCAGAGGCCCAGACCCUGACAGCAGCACCACCUGUCCUGGUCUGCCUCCUCCUCUUGUCACUACAACAGCAGAACCACAAGAAACAACCACAGUACCAGAGCCAGAACCCACAGAGGAAGAGCCAACAGAGUCAAGUGCAGAGUGUGAGCAUUGUCUUUUCUACUGCUUUUAA